AUGGAUUUAGUUCUAUCAGAAUCAACUGAUUGCGAUAUAUUGAAUGUAUUCGGUGCAAAAAUUCAUUGGUUUUUGAAUGAUUUUAACAAACAUUAUAAAGCAGCAACGGGUAGAGACUUGGAAUUUGAAACUUCAAAAAAUUUGAAGAACAAAUUCAUGACUGAAGUCGCCAAAGAAAUUAAGAUAUUUUCCAAAAAAGUGGCAGAAAAAGUUAAAACAGAGGAGAAAUAUCUCACCAAACAGAAAAACAAUCUUCUUUACGAAAAAUUGAAGCGAUCUAUUGAAACGUUUAUGAAAGAAUUUGAAAAAAUAUACAAUAGAAAACCUGAAACUAAAGACUUUAUUAAACAUCAAACUUUUGUAUGCAAAAUGGCAAAUGUUCCGCCAUUACCUCCCGGAAAAAAUUUAUUCACUUAUAUUAAUAAUUAUAAUAAAGAAAGAAAAAAAAGGAAGUUUGAGGAAGAGAAGAAAAAGGAACGUGAUAUUUUAGAUUCAACAAUUCCUCGUAAAAAGAUCAAGCCAUUUUAUUUUGAAAUUCAUUGUAUUUAG